UCUUGGCCAAUCACAACGUAGGAAGCUCCUUACUGCGCCUCUGAUUGGCCGGCGGGGCGCAUGACGUCACGCUCCCAGGCCUGAGACGCAUCAGCUGUGCCGUGCAUGCCUCAGCAGCCUCGCGCCCCCCGCCACGACAAUGGAGUUUUACAAGGGUCUCAAAGCAUCUGACUGGGCUGCCCUCCUGCCCUUUGGUGUUGCCUGUGUGGCCGUUGGAUUUGGUGCCAAGAUCCUCUUUGACAAACAGUUUGGCACACCGGUGAAUCCCUCCAUCCGCAAGGGUGAGUCAAAAGUGGUGGACUCGGUGGACAUUGAGGACCUGGGGAACAAGGCGGUGUUCUGCAGGUGCUGGCGGAGCUCAAAGUUCCCUUACUGUGACGGCAGCCACAACAGCCACAACAACACCUCUGGGGACAAUGUGGGGCCACUCAUCAUCAAGAAGAAAGAAUGAAGAGUGACAACACUCCUUCAGAUUGGCAGCCGAGUUAUUGUGUUAUUUUUCUGUACAUACACUGGGACAGUGAUGCAGCUGACCCUCUGAUGGCACUGUUCACAUGAUGUGGCACUAUUUAAAAUAUUCUCAUUCCAUAAUGGAUUCUCAUUCUUAAAAGAUUAUCCUUGGGAAUACAGCUUGAAAGUCUGAUGCAUUUCUAACUAGGUUAUGCAUUUUGGAAUAUUCACUACAAUAUAAACAUUUUUGCAGUAAUGCUUCAAGAUGCAAGUAUAUAUAUCUAGAUGUCAAAAAUUUAUUCUUCAUAACACAAAAUAAGUAUGUACUUCAUCAGGACAAAAAAAAUGAAUAAUCAAAAUACCUCAGACAAGCCUGUGUUCCUGAGCAUGAUUUGGCUGUGCUAUGAAUAAUGUUAUUACUGAAUGUAAGAUAUUGUGUUGCGACAAUAACAAUGUGCCAUGUGAAUUUUAUGGAGCAAAAAUAAAAGUUUAAUUUCA